CUGAAAUCGAUCGUGUACUAAAAAAGGUCGCUGAGGGUGUAGAAUCUUUUGAAGGUAUAUUUGAGAAAAUACAGUCUACGAGCAAUGCUAAUCAAAAAGAGAAAUUAGAACAAGAUUUGAAGAAAGAGAUCAAAAAACUUCAAAGACAUCGCGACCAGAUAAAGACAUGGAUAUCGUCAAAUGACAUUAAAGACAAGAAAGCUCUUAUCGACAACAGGCGGCUAAUUGAACAGCAAAUGGAAAAGUUCAAAGCAUGCGAGAAAGAAAUGAAAACCAAAGCAUAUUCUAAAGAAGGUCUUAGUCAGUCAGCUAAAAUGGAUCCGAAAGAAAAAGAGAAAUUAGAAACGACUGCUUGGCUAUCAGAUAUGGUCGAUCAGCUGGCAUUACAAAUCGAAGCUGCUGAGGCUAAAGCUGAAAGCUUGCAUGCUGUUAUCAAGAAAGGUCGCAAGGAUCAGCAGAAACUCGAAGAUCUCAACGAGGCCGAAAAUUUAGUAGAGCGUCAUAAGUGGCAUACUGGAAGAUUAGAGUUGAUACUACGGUUACUCGAAAAUGGCAACAUUACUACAGAGCAGGUUUUGGAUAUUCAGGAGGAUAUAAAAUACUAUGUGGAGAGUAACCAGGAUCCCGACUUUGACGAAGAUGAGCAUAUAUAUGAUGGGUUAAAUCUUGAAGAAGAGGAAGAGAUUUAUGGUAGAACUGGAGAUGAUCAUCAUAGCAGUCAUGAUUCUGUAACAGACGAGCCACAAACACCACAAAAGGAGCAUUCGCCGUCAAUGUCGCCGACAGCAAGAACCACUGCGCCUAUAAAUAAACCAACAAUACCUAUUCCAACGAGAAAAUCUAGUGUUGGUAAUGCUCUUGAUUCAACGCCCCGGCAUAAAGAAGAAGAAAAACCAAAACUGCCACCACCGAUACCGAGUAGCAAUAUUCAAUCUCCUCCACCAACCAGUGCAUAUGCAUCUAUGAAAGCCAUGCAAAGUGGAACACGGGUUAUAACAAAAGGAGCGCCUGAACAAAUGACGACACCAGCACAGACUUCGACGACGUCGUCAACAGGCCCAUCAGCAACAGCACCUCAUCAAUCCCAACCUCCGCUACGCUAUGCAGCUGUAACUGCCGCCGAGUCGACGCCUCAAGACGUACCUUCAGCAACUACAUCCGCAUCUGUAUCCUCAUCUUCCCCUACAUCAAUACCCGCCCCCGCAUCUUUGCCAGCACCGGUACCUACAGCCAUAUCCGCAACUGCAGCCGCACCCAUAUCCACAACCGUACCUGCACAGUUUGGUUUAUCACAAUCAUCGCCAGAAGCUGAACAGAAGAAAUAUUUUGCUCAGUACGAGGUAGAUUCUUCCAACCAACAACCUGUGGAACCUCCUACGAAACCAACUCUCCCGACAUCGGCAGCAUCGGCAUUUUCUGCAGCGGCAUUCCAGCCACUAGCAUCAGUGACUCCAAUAUCGCAAACAACCCAGCCUCGCGAUACAACAGCAACUGUUUCAAAUUUGACUGGACAGCAGUCAUCAAUGCAGGUAACCGAAGAAAUACCUGAACAGUCAACUGAACAGGAAACUCAGCAAAUAAGAACCGAUGUUUCUCAGGAAGGACCGCAUGCUGAGAGCCGUUUCCCCGCAUCGCUUACGGAUCUGGUAGCUUCUUUUGAAGCCGCUAAGGAAAAAUCUCUAAGUAAAGACAAUCGUCAUCACGUACAGCAAAUGCUCGACGUUAGUUUCCAACAUGUACCGGAAAGCGCGGAUGCGGAACGACCCAAAUACUAUGCCCCACGAAAUCCAUAUCCAACUUCCCAAUAUUACCCCACUACCCCAUUAUCAGUGUUUGACAAUCCAAUGCUUUUUGAGAAGUUUGGGCUCGAUUCGCUCUUUUUCAUAUUCUACUAUCAGCAAGGGACUUAUCAACAAUAUCUCGCUGCUCGCGAAUUGAAGAAACAAUCCUGGCGAUUUCAUAAAAAGUAUUUGACAUGGUUUCAGAGACAUGAAGAACCAAAAGCAAUGACUGAUGAGUACGAGCAGGGAACGUAUAUUUAUUUCGAUUAUGAAGGUGCUUGGUGUCAGCGAAAGAAGACGGAAUUCAGAUUCGAAUACCGUUUCUUGGAAGAUGCUGAACUUGUAUAA